AUGGAGUCAAGAGGAAACUCAAGCUACAUGAUAAGAGUAGCAACAGUCUCAGCCUUUAGGAAUCGAACGAAAAGCAACUUCUACGUGAUUCAACCCGAAAAUACGAUCCGAAUCGGGAAUCUGUAUUCGAAUUCCAACAUCCUCAUCACCAAUUUGGAAGCUCUUGCUUUUUUUGCUGAUGCUUUGCUUCAAUGGCCUCCAUAUCGGUAUUGUGUUGAUUCUAGAAAGGCUAUCAUCUUGACUAAAGUUACUUGGAGCUGCGACUUGUUUACUUCGAUGGUCUACAACAACCUGAGAAUAAGAUUAGUGCUUGGGUUUUCAGUUUUGACCACAUCCCCUGGUUUGAAAUUUUUCUGA